AUUGCAGUUUCAGGCUACUGAUUUCAGGCAUGUGUAUCCACAGAAGCAAGAAGAACGCAAAACUUUCUGAGAAAAAUACUGCAAAACUGCUGGGCGGCUUUUGACCUGAAAGCAAAAACAAAAGGCAAAAUGCUCAAGUUUCCGUGGCUUGGAGGGUUGUGAGUCUCCUGUUGUAAAAAGCUUAAUGCUUUCAUCCGGUCUUCACCACUUCUUCCAGACACUUCUGAAAGAAUGGGGGCAGGCGCAUUAGCCAUCUGUCAAAGUAAAUCGGCAGUGAAGCUGAGAGAAGACAUGAAGAGGAUUGCAGCAGCCCCUCUGAGCAGACAGAAGGGGACGUCUUGUCGGAAGGUGUUUGGCGUGAGCCUCCAGGAACUCCAGCAGCAAGGGCUGAGCAAGAACGGAAUCCCAGCUGUGGUGUGGGAUGUUGUCACGUAUUUGACCCAGUAUGGGCUGAACCAGGAAGGUCUUUUCAGGGUGAAUGGCAAUUUGAAAACAGUGGAACACCUACGAGUGAAAUAUGAGAGUGGAGAGGACGUGGAGCUGGCUGCAGAGGGCGACGUGAGCUCAGCUGCCAGUCUACUGAAGCUAUUCCUGCGGGAGCUGCCUGAUGGAGUGGUCACAUCUGCAGUGCAUCCCAAAUUCAUCCAGCUUCAUCAAGACAUCCGGACAUAUGGCCCUAAUGCUAAUGCUCUGAGAGAUCUCCUGAGACAGCUGCCUGAGCUCCACUACUGCCUGCUGAAAUACCUCUGCCGGUUCCUGAGGAGAGUUGCUGAGCAUCAUUCUGAGAACAGGAUGACUAUUUCCAACCUUGCAACAGUUUUUGGACCAAAUUGCUUUCAUGUAUCUUCUGGAUUUGAUGGCAUGAAGGAGCAGGAAAUCUGUAACAAAAUCAUGGCACAGAUGCUGGAAAACUAUAGCACCUUGUUUGAAUGGGAACAUGCAAAGAAAGAGAAUGAAAAGCACCCGUGUGAAGAAUUAGCCAGAAUUAUAUUGGUAAAAGAGGCCAGUUGCAUGCGGACCCUGCCAGUCCUGACCGGCAUGGAAAGAGAAUUGCCAAAGCCAAGUCCAAGAAACAAGGUACAGAAAAUUGCAAAGUCCAGGCAAGAAGGAUCUACUCUGGGAUGCUUCGUGAUGCAGCCCAGGCUGUCAGAUGGAAUUCCCCGGGUUAGCAUCCAUUUAACAGACUGUCAGCGUUCAGAGGAGAUGGAUGUCGCUGAUGAAAUCUCCUUCGUCAGCAGUGCUGCAUUCCUCGCCAGCUCCCAAGAGGAUGAAAGGCCUAUGUCACCCUUCUAUCUGAGUGCUCAUGUGUCCCAAGUCAACAACAACAGCAUCCCAGCUACUGGAGAAUACUUAGAAAAGACCAUCCGGUCAGCUGUUGAGCAACAUCUGUUUGACAUUCAUGGCUCCAGUGGUCAAAGUUCUGAAGACUCUGAAUCUGGAACGUCGUCAUCAACCUCCUCUAACAUCUCUGCUCGGCAAAGGAGGCGGCAUCACAAAGAACAAGAUGAAGCCCGAAGGAACAGAGAGAUGGAGGGCAUCAAUAAAGAGAAUAUUCCUUCUGGCUUCAGCAGCAUUGAAGAGUGUAUGCUGACCGCUCAAGAAUCUGAAAAAUUGCAGGAGAACAGCUCUGAGUAUAUUGGAGAAAGAAGUAAGCCAAAGCGGCAGAAAUCCAGCACCAAACUUUCGGAGCUGAAUGACAACCAGGACAGCCCUCUGACCAUGGAAAGUUUCGCUUCCUUGAGACCUGUGGACAGAACAGGACCUGAUGACAUGGAAGUGUUUCCUGAGAACAGCAAAGACAAUGAAAAUGACGGUGAUUUGUUAAGGCACUCUCAGAAUUCAGGCAUGAAGAUCCAGGAGCAUCCCAGCCUUCCGGAAGCCAAAUUACAGAGAAACCAAGAGGCCGAUGGCCAGGAAGAGACCUUCGUAUCGGAAGUGCCUCGGCUGGACCUGACCACUUUGUGUAGUGACAACAGCUGGGAAGAGCCUGCCCCUGCCUUCUCCUCCUGGCAGCGAGAUGGUUUAGAUUCUGAUGAAGCCCACCUCUCCCCUCAGGCCGGCCGCCUGAUUCGCCAGCUUUUGGAUGAGGACAGUGACCCGAUGCUGUCGCCUCGUUUCUAUGCCUACGGGCAAAGUCAGCAGUACCUGGAUGAUACAGAAGUGCCUCCUUCCCCACCCAACUCACAUUCGUUCAUGAGGCGAAGAAGUUCGUCUUUGGGGUCUUACGAAGAUGACCGGGAAGAUCUCACCCCAGCACAGCUGACCCGCAGGAUUCAAGGACUAAAGAAAAAGAUUAGGAGGUUUGAAGACAAAUUUGAAGAGGAGAGGAAGUACAGGCCCUCACACAGUGACAAGGCUGCCAACCUAGAAGUGCUGAAGUGGACCAAUGACCUUGCCAAGUUUCGGAAGCAGCUGAAAGAGUCCAAACUGAAGUUGUCAGAGGAGGACCUGGCUCCUGUGAUGCGUCAGCGUAGCAACACGCUCCCUAAGAGCUUUGGCUCUCAACUGGAGAAGGAGGAAGAGAAGAAACCAGACCUGUGCGAUAAAGCAGCAAAGCCCGCCGUGGAGGCCACCUUGGGAUCCGUCCAGAAGAAGCUGCAGGAGAAAAGGACAGAGGCAAACCGACCUGAAGACAUUAAGGAUAUGACUAGAGAUCAGAUAGCAGCAGAAAAGGUGGCACUUCAAAAAGCCCUCUUGUAUUACGAGAGUAUCCAUGGUAGACCAGUAACAAAACAUGAACGCCAGAUGAUGAAGCCCCUGUAUGACCGUUACCGCUUGGUCAAGCAGAUCCUCUCAAGGGCCAACAGCAUCCCCAUUAUCGGUUCCCCCUCCAGCAAGCGGAGAAGCCCUUUGCUGCAACCAAUUAUCGAGGGCGAAACUGCUUCCUUCGUCAAGGAGAUCAAGGAGGAAGAGGAAGGUUCUGAGGAAGAUAACAACGUGAAACCAGAUUUCACAGUCACCAUAAAAUCAGACUGCAACAUGAGAAGUUUCUUGGAGCAGUUGGAAGAUGACAUGGAUGGCUUUGUUUCUCCAAUGGAUGACAGGAUUCCUUCAAGAAGCAGCCAAGACAUGGGGUUAUCCAACCUUCACGCCGCCUCUAUGCCAGAACUUGUAGAGCAGCUUCAAGAAGUCAGAGAAGAGAAAAAGAGGAUCAGGAAAAAACUCAGAGAUUUUGAGGAUAAUUUUUUCCAACAAAAUGGAAGAAACGUCCAGAAAGAAGACCGUACUCCUAUGGCUGAAGAAUAUAAUGAAUACAAGCAGGUUAAGGCCAAGCUGAGGCUACUGGAAGUCCUCAUCAGCAAAAGAGAUAUUAGUUCCAAGAUCAUGUAAUGAGGGCACCCUUGAUCUUGCCACUUGAGUUAAGAAGUUGACCAAGAUGAAGGAUUGCUUGAAGAACUCAGCAAGAGCCUCAUCCUAAGGGGCUUUUCAGCAGCUCUCCCAAGACUGUGGCUAGCAGGAGGUGAGGAAGGAUGGGGGCAUGAUCCUGCAUCUUUCUUUAGACUUGUGGACUGUUCUGUCUCCAAACUGGCCAUCUAAGCCAGCAUCAAGGGAGAGGAUGAUAUACUAAGACUCGAAAAGGGUCCUUUGCUUUGCACAGCCCGUGACUUCUGAAAUGGUUAGACUAACAAGAGUCUGAUGUAUACCUUCUUCUCUGGUGUGUCGACACAAGAGAGUUCUGAGUUGUCACAGAUCGCCAAACAAUUGUCUGUGAUUGUCAGACCAAUAAAGCGCUCAGGUCUGUUCUGACAGGGAGGGACUUGCUAUUCUGAGAUGAUUCUGUGGUCUGAAAAAUAAGAGAGAAAGAAAUCCUUGUUCUCAUUUUUGACUGCAGCUUCAGUAAGUUGGUAUGCAGCCUUUUCUGUUUGCUUCAAUUAAAUGUUGAAUUCUCACUCAGUGGGAAGCACGAUCUGCUGCCUUAGCCUUUGCUAUGGCUUUUUUUUUUUUAGAGCUAUAUCUUGGUUUUUGGUUUUUUGUAAGUCAUUUCACAACUGCCUCUUCUUUUGAACACAUAUGGAAAGAGAAGCUGAGAAAAUGGACCUUGGAGAUUUAGUUAUUGGGUGUCCUCAAAGCUGGGAGAGAUCUUGAUAACGGGGGACAUUCUGAUUGGAUGAGACCUGUUCCGGGGAGAGGACACCAUUUGAAAACCCCUGUUCUUGUCCACUCUGAAUGUCCCCUGCUAUCAAUGUCUCUCCUAAUCAAUAUUUGCCCAACUUGAGGACACCCAGUAUAACUAUCUAAAUCAGAGCCCUCCAAAGUACAGGGUGGGAGGGUAGGGGCCUGUAAUUCCUCAGAAACACUAUUGGAGGAAACCUCUUAUCAGGGGAAUUCACAAUGAGAAGAUCAGUAAUGGUGAAAGUUUCCCUGUCCUCCAUUAUCACUUUCCCCCUGCAGUUUUGGUGUGUGUCUCAGUUCAUGUGCAGUCUCAGUUCAUGUCAAGCAGUGGUGAGAUCCGCCAUGCUAGUCCCUUGGAGCACUUUCCAGAAUCUUCUGCAACUUGCAACAGUUCAUGGCAGGUGUACAGGCCCUGUAGCAGACCAGUCCAUAUGCAAAGAGUUCCCCAUAGACAGACAGUUGGGCAACCAGUGGGCAGUGUUCAAUGUAAAUGGAACAUAAAUCAGAUUGUGCUGCAUCCUAAUAACAUUAGUUGCUCUUUGAAAUGCGACGGAUCUACCAGAUCCAGUGAUGAAGCCGCACCAUUUUAACGUUUAGCCACAACUGUUGACGUGGCAAUCUCUGUUGCUGUACUUUUGAAUAGCUUAUGUAAAAUUGUAGGUACAAUGAUGCACUUUAGAGAGAGACUUUAUAUUUUUUAAAAAAAUUAAAACUAAUUAAGAACAUAACCAAAAUUAUACUUUUAAAAACGAAAAAAAAAUUGUCUACCUGAUUUUUUUGUUCCACUGUUCUCUUAGGAAGGAAAAAUACAUCUGCCACAGAGCUUUAAGUUUUGUGUUAAGAAGCAAGCAGCUAAUAGGAAAGUCUGUCAUAAUAAUCAGAAACCUUAGAGCUGGUGUUGGAAAGAAGCUUUAAAUGUGUGUUUGAUAUGAUGAAUAAUGUCUGCUCAAAGUUUAUGGAGCUGCCUUUGCUACCUGUGCAAAUCUAUUGCAUUAAAAACUCGAUAUGGAAGUACUGGUAAUGCCUCUCCAAACUGAAUCUCAGUUGCUAAAGCUUUUAUGAUCAAGUGAUGCAAAAAAAAAAUAAAAAAAUACCGAGGGGAAAAAAGGCCUGAUUCCAAAGAACCAUAGCUGACAGCCAGACUAAAUUACCCCCCAAGUAGUCCUACUGAAAUAAGGUAAUCCUUUAGAGUGACUUUAAAGUAAAUGUCAGACUCCCAGGGGACAAGGUGGGCUCCUAGCCGUUCUUGAACUCCAGAAUGACUAGAGCACCCCAAAAAAGGUCAGCCCCGGGAACGGCCAGAGGAGGAGGUUAGUUUGUCACCCGAGUCCUCCUCCUGGCUUGCUGCAUUCAGCCAGUUCCCUCUCCUGGAGAACUCCCAGCUCCCAUACUCAGAAGCAGCCCCUCCUCCUCCUCAGCUGCCUUGUCUUUAAAUGCCCCAGUGCAGAGCGGACAGGGCUUCAAGCCUACAUCCAGCCCCGCCCCCUUCCUGACCUGGCUUCCCGUUUCCUGCCGCACUCAACCUAGCUGUCUUCCUGGAGCUGUUUCCUGCAGCGCUCCCUGCCUUGCCCACCCCACUGGGAUACGACCAGCCUGGGCCUUUCUCAUCCCUACUGCCCCUCAAAGGGAACGAAAGCCCCGCAGGAAGGAUGCCAUGCCCUUCUCUAGACUCCACAGGGCCACCCAAGCAACCAGAUAACAUGGCAUCCCAACAGUAACUUCAAAGUAGUUAUUUAGAGUAACUCCUUUAGAGUAGUUCCUGAGUUGUACAGCUGAGUGACUUACUCUGGAUGUCAGCCCAUGAAACCAGUUCUGUGAGCUCAAAGGAUGUUAGCCUCCUUUUUCCUGAGCCCUUUCUACCACAUGGCAAUCUGCUUUUGAAACUGAGUGGAGUUUCAAAAGCAGUGUGUGAUACAGCUUUUGUGGGGGUCAGAACCUCCAGAAAUACAGCCAAAACCAUUGUUCUUGGCCAGAUAAAGCCAUUUUUAUUAAAGUAGUUCUUUGGAUCUUGGUCCAAUUUUUUUAACAUGGCUUUUCUUACGAAAAUAACUGCUUGCAGAAUUUUAAAUUUUCAUGUUAAGUAGAGAUGAUGUAGGUAUAUCUACUUCAAAGUCUGGAUUAAGGUCUUCAUGUGAAAAAUGUCUGCAAGGUUGAUGUGUGUGUGUGUGUGUGUGUGUGUGUGUGUGUGUGUGUGUCUUAAUUCCCCACCUGAGUGCAUGUUUAUAUAUAUUUCAAAAUGUGCAUAUAAAUAAAUGAGGUUGACACUUAUUUUAAAGCAAAAUGAUAAUGAGAAACAAAUGAACCACUUAUACAAAUGAUUCCUAGAAUUACAAAUAAGGACAAACUUGCAAUUUGUUCACAGGGUUUGCUCGAGUGAACCAUCAAAUCAUUAAUUUUUACAUUAAAAUAAAUGUGGAGCAAUUAACACAUCAUCUCCUCUUAAUCAUUUUUGUUAGGCUUCCAGGUUUAAUUUGUAUAUAAGUGUAUGUGCAGAUGAUAAAAGCCUGAGUUGCUUUUUAAUAUAUCAAAACUGAAGCACUCCUGGGCUCAAGCUGCGAAAUGUGUGGGCUACCAGCAUCGUUGCCAGCUUCCUUAUGGGAUGAAUUGCACAAAUGGUGAUUGGGUACCAAAACAGAAGCCAGCUUAUUAUCUAAGGGACAUAUUGUGAUGGCAGUUAAUUGUUGCGGGGUGGGGUGGAGGGAGAUCUAAUUGCAGGUUCCUUAAGCUCACACAGUCUCAUCCUCAAUCUUCUUACUGUUGGGAGAAAAUAACGAUCAAUUGGGAAAUGUCAUGCUUAUUUGGGAAGGUGAUCUUUCAUCUAGAUGCUGGAAGAUUAAACCUUUUAAAAGAGAGUUUAUGUUCUGAGAGUCUCAGGGGAGAUCCAGCCCUUAAAUAACCAUGCAGUAUAGAGCUUGGGGCUCACCUCUCCUGUGGCAAGAGAAGCAAGUAGGAGGGGGUAUGGCCAUCUCCUUGGGGACAGUCAUAAUGUGCCCAUUGAGCCUGUGCUAAGAUAGUAAAGUCCUGCCGGAAGUCAGAUAACUUUCUAUGCAGCUUGAAUAACACUUUUGUUUCUGCAAACGCUCCCAGUGCAGCAGUGUGUGGAUUUUGAAACUUUGAGCAUGCCGAGUUGCCUUUUUCUCUUGCGUUCCACAGUGCUGGAAUUACUGAUAAAUGGAAAGAGCCUGUGUUUGUAGCUGCAGUGGUGGGAGGUGACGGGUCUGCAUUCCGGGAUGGCUCAAAUAUGUUGGUAGCAAGUGAUAGGGGGGAGAUUGCCAUGGUUUUGAUUUCUGCAUAAAAAUUAAUUUAAGGUGUCCAAGUAGCUACUUCCUUUGUUGCCACUUAAUUGUCUCUGUAGUCAGCAGCCUUUAGAGCUGGCAGGCAGACAGGUGCUCCCGUCCUCCACACGCAUCAUAUCUCCCUGCAUUCUUCCAGUGGUGUGAGCUUUCAAAUAAGCAGUUUCCCACAUGUAGGAGGCGAGAGCCUCCCCAAACUACAAGUUCCAGAAUUCUCCGGGGCAGCUGAAAUUGGUAUAAAACUUAUGCCGUUUUUAAGCGUAGUGCUGCCCUUUUUCUCCAUUCUCAUGAAUAGUGCACACUGUCCAUUCUUAGAGUUAUGGCAUAUCUCCCCCUUCCACUUACUAUUUAAUUCUGUGAAAACAAUUCCACCAUGUCUUCAUAGUGAAGUUUCUAUGGAACCAAGGCCAUGCCCCUCAGAAUUCUGCAUUUUUUGUUUGUUUCCAUUACUCUACUAAUGAAGACAUAGACCGGGAUACUCUAGCAUUUAACGCCAUCCAUAUUUUAUAAUGAUGAGUGUCUGUGCUUUGGACAAUUCUUCCUCAAGUAGCCUUGCUGUUGUAAGUACUCUGAAAUAUCUUGGGUUUUCUGAUGGCAAAAAAACACUCCUGGGAGAUUUGUAAAACAUCCUUAGAUCUCCAUAGAAGGAGUCUGUCUAUCCAAACUUAUUUCCAGUGGCCCACGAGAUGUCAAAUUGUAUUCCAUUUCUGUAACAGCUCUGUAGGUUUGCUGGGGAAGCAAAGCAUGCUUGAAAGCAUAUGUUCAAAGUGAUCUCUGUGCCUGUUUGAUCUUCUCUAAGGACAUCUGCAUGCAUCGACAAUCCAUCUCUAUUUUGUAUGUCUGUAUAUAGUGAGGAGUCUAUAAUUAUAUGAUGUCAAACACAACUGGGGAAAAUUCUACUCAUAAUCACCAUUGAACUGGAAGGAUAGUAGUAUCCUGGUCAUUUUCAGUGGGUCAUAUACAAGAGAAGUUCCCCAUAGAUUUUAACUUUUUGUGUUGAUGUAUAUACAGCUUGGUUACCAUUGGAAAGCUGAAGCCAAUAACCACCACUCAUACCAAUGACUAUACAAUUCCUUUGUCAGACUUCUUUACUCUACUUGCGAACAAAUACACGAUCUUUUAUUAUUGACGAUCUGUUUCAUGCACCAGUUAAAAUCUUAUGGGCUCGGUUCUAUGUUUACAUCACUUAAUGUUGGCAAAAUUCAUUUGAAGCAUUGCGUCGUUUAAAACAUGUAAACUGAUUUGACAGAUGUGUUGUGUACAUUUUCGUACAUGAUCGUAUUUUGUAUAAAACAAAGAAAAUAAAACCUAUUUUUGACUGCAA